AUGGCGUGUGCAAUCGUGUGCGGAGAAGCGUCGCCGUCUUACGUCACGCUUUUCCGAAGCUUGAAUCGAACCCUGGACUCUAUCAAGGACAACAUCGCUGUCAUCUUCGCUAACAUUUUGGCCUGCCAAGCUCACAGUGACGACAAUUUCAGGAGUGAGGAAGUAGUUCCAUCCAGUUUCGAGGAAUUGAUGGAGAAAUAUAAGCACUUGAGUGCUGGGGAUUGGUUUUCGAAGAAGAGGAAUGCCGGCAAUGAUCAAGAUCCACAGGCAGAGUUCAAUGUGUUGGAUACAAUGCUCAAGGAUAACUUGGAGCGUCUUAAGACAAUGAGGGAAAGCAUAUCAGUGGCAAAGAUAGGUUUUCUGGGAUGCACUUCGAAAAUCAAUUACUUAGAACACAUGGACGUCUUAAGGGGUUUAUGUGUUGAUGGUAAAUUGGGGUCAGCCUUUUGGCUGCGGAGAAAACUGAUGAAUAAAGGGAUUAUUCCGGAUGUAUGGGCACAUAAUUGUCUAUUGAAUGCACUGUGUAAAGCUGGCGACUUGGAGAAGGCAAAUUGGCUUAUCAGGGAGAUGCUAGAAAUGGGCCCCUCUCCCAACUGUGUCACAUACAACACUUUUAUUAAGGGUUAUUGCCUUCUUGAUAAAGUGGAUAAAGCUCUUUAUCUUUUCACCACAAUGGUUAACAGUGGUAUUAGGCCGAAUAGUAUUACUUAUAAUAUUCUUGUACAUGCAUUGUGCAAGAAAGGUCUUGUGGAGGAUGCUAACAAGCUUCUUGAAGAGAUAUUAGAUGAUGAUGAAGAGAUAACAGACUCAGGUAUAGUAAUUUCAACUACUCUUAUGCAUGGUCAUCUUAAAAAUGGAAAUAUGGUUCAGGCACUUAGUCUUUGGGUUGACAUGCAGAGGAAUACCCAAGUAGAUGUCAUUGCUUACAAUGUUCUCAUCCAUGGAUUUUGUUUGAAUCAGCAAAUGGACCUUGCGUAUGGAUACCUAUCUGAAAUGACCAAAAGAGGUUUACUUCCUGAUGUUUUUACUUGUAACACACUUAUAAGUGGUCUCUGCAAAGAAAGAAAGUUUGAGGAUGCUUGUUACAUCCAUGAUAUUAUGCCAAGAAUGGGAAUUAUUCCAGAUAAGGUCACAUACAACAUAAUUAUACAAGGCUUAUGUAUCGAGGGAGAUGUUGUCAAAGCUCAUGAAUUUCUUCGUAGUAUGUUAGAGAAGUCGAUGGUUCCUGAGCCUUUGGUAUGGAAUAGUAUUAUUGAUUGCUAUGCAAGAUAUGGAGAUCUUAGUAAUGCAGUUUCUGUUAAGGAUCAGAUGUUAGCUUUUGGUGUUCAACCAAACGUAUAUACUUACAAUGCAAUGAUCCACGCUCAAGUGAAAGGAGGAAGUUUUAUCGGUGCUCUUUCUGUUGAAAAGAAAAUGCUGCUGUCGGGUCUUUUUCCUGAUGUGGUCACCUAUAAUAUGUUGAUUGGGGGUGCUUGUAACUCAGGGCAUUUUGAAUUUGCCAUAGAGUUAUAUCAUAAAAUGCUGAAAAUAGGAAUCGAUCCAGAUAUAUUUACUUACACUGAACUAAUCAGAGGGAACUGCAUGAGAGGUAAUAUCAAGGAGGCAGAAAAGAUUCUUGCUACGAUACUGGCAUCUGGUUUCCCUGUUAAUCAUGUUCCAUUUAAGAUACUUUUCAAGAAGUACUGCAAAAUGAGGGAGCCUGAUAAAGCGUCUGGCAUUUACCAGAAGUGGCUAGCGAGGAGAAAUGAAUAUCCCUCUUUAAUAACUUAGGCCACACGCAUGAUUGUAACAUUGUUUCUAAAGACGAGGUUCCGUUAUGGUAGGCAAGUAAGAGUUUGAGAGCUAAAUUCAACAGAACACCAUCUGAUAGAAGAAGUUUUCUGUUUGUGGCAAAUUGGGUUAUUUCUUCCUAUGAUUUCUGUGGAGGAUAACAGGUCUGUUGAUAGAAUUCAUUAUGCUGCUUCACAGACCUGCUCCUAGAACUGGGACAAGACCUGAUUGUUCCUUUACUGAAUGCUUGGGACGUCAUAUAAGGACAAUUUCCUGUAGGAUGCAGUAUAUCAACAGGACAUUGAGAUCAGAAUGCUCAACCUAUAUUCUUCAGCAAAACUAACAGGUGAUAACUGGAAUCAGAUUGGUCAAAUGCAGUGAGAUAUGCUCCCAUGAUGGCAAGACUUUAACAUAAAAGAGGUGGAGGAGA